UGUCAUGGCUUCCUAACAGGAGGAGGAACCGCCUGAGAGGAAAACAACGACCCGCGUCCAGCACCCGGCGGAUCCUCAUCGUUCCCACCGGACCCUGCACCCGGGACAGAGGGGCCCGGACUACCCUGCUCGCCCCCCGCUCGGCGGCUCCUGGACCCGGGGACACACUUUUAUAACGUAUCGGUGAAUCUCUCCCUUCGUGGACCGUAGCGGAAGAUGGCCGACCCGGCGGAGUGCACCAUCAAAGUGAUGUGUCGCUUUAGGCCCCUGAACAGCUCGGAGGUGACCAGAGGCGACCGCUACAUCCCCAAGUUCCCCGGGGAUGAGACGGUGGUGAUCGCGAGUAAACCCUACGCGUUUGACCGAGUGAUGGGAUCGAACACAACACAGGAACAAGUGUACAACGCCUGCGCCCAGAAGAUUGUUAAAGAUGUUCUGGACGGAUACAAUGGAACCAUUUUUGCAUAUGGACAGACGUCAUCUGGUAAAACACACACCAUGGAGGGGAACCUCCAUGACACAGACGGGAUGGGCAUCAUCCCCAGGAUAGUUCAAGACAUUUUCAACUACAUCUAUUCCAUGGACGAAAACCUGGAGUUUCAUAUCAAAGUUUCAUAUUUUGAAAUCUACUUAGACAAGAUCCGGGACCUUUUGGAUGUGUCAAAGACCAAUUUGUCAGUGCAUGAAGACAAAAACAGAGUACCCUAUGUCAAGGGCUGCACUGAGAGAUUUGUCUGUAGCCCGGAGGAGGUGAUGGAUACAAUCGAUGAAGGCAAAUCUAACCGACAUGUAGCAGUGACAAACAUGAACGAGCACAGCUCCAGGAGUCACAGUAUCUUCCUGAUAAACGUCAAACAGGAGAACACUCAGACGGAGCACAAGCUCAGUGGCAAACUCUACCUGGUGGAUCUGGCUGGAAGUGAAAAGGUCAGUAAAACAGGAGCAGAAGGAGCCGUGCUGGAUGAAGCCAAGAACAUCAACAAGUCUCUGUCGUCCCUGGGAAACGUCAUUUCCGCUCUGGCUGAAGGAACGGCCUACAUCCCAUACCGAGACAGCAAGAUGACCCGUAUCCUGCAGGACUCGCUGGGCGGUAACUGUCGAACCACCAUUGUUAUCUGCGCCUCGCCCUCCUCCUAUAAUGAGAGCGAAACCAAAUCCACUCUCAUGUUUGGGCAAAGAGCAAAGACCAUCAAGAACACUGUGAUUGUGAACAUCGAGCUGACGGCCGAGCAGUGGAAGCAGAAGUAUGAGAGGGAAAAGUCGAAGAACGGGACCCUGAGGAGCACAGUCACCUGGCUGGAGAACGAGCUCAACCGCUGGAGGAACGGCGAGAGUGUACCAGUGGAGGAGCAGUUUGACAAGGAGAAGGCCAACGCUGAGGUGCUGGCCCUGGACAACGUAAUCAACGACAAGCCGGCGUCCACGCCCACCGUGCCCGGCGUCCGCCUCACCGACGUGGAGAAGGACAAGUGUGAGGCUGAGCUGGCCAAGCUUUACAAACAGCUGGAUGAUAAGGAUGAGGAGAUCAACCAGCAGAGCCAGCUGGCUGAGAAGCUGAAGCAGCAGAUGCUGGACCAGGACGAGCUUCUGUCCUCCUCUCGCCGUGAUCACGAGAACCUUCAGGCCGAGCUGAACCGCCUGCAGGCGGAGAACGAGGCCUCCAAGGAGGAGGUGAAGGAGGUGCUGCAGGCUCUGGAGGAGCUGGCUGUCAACUACGACCAGAAGAGCCAGGAGGUGGAGGAUAAGACCAAGGAGUUUGAGGCCAUCAACGAAGAGCUCAGCCAGAAAUCGUCCAUCCUGUCAUCCCUGGACUCUGAGCUCCAGAAGCUGAAGGAGAUGUCCAACCACCAGAAGAAGAGGGUGACUGAGAUGAUGUCGUCACUGCUCAAGGAUUUAGCCGAGAUCGGUAUCGCUGUGGGCAGCAACGACAUCAAGCAACACGAGGGCGGCAGCGGCCUGAUCGACGAGGAGUUCACGGUGGCUCGUCUCUACAUCAGCAAGAUGAAGAGUGAAGUGAAGACCAUGGUGAAGCGCUGCAAGCAGCUGGAGAGCACUCAGUCAGAUAGCAACAUCAAGAUGGACGAGAACGAGAAGGAGCUGGCCGUCUGCCAGCUGCGCAUCUCCCAGCAUGAGGCUAAAAUCAAGUCGCUGACCGAGUACCUGCAGAACGUGGAGCAGAAGAAGAGGCAGCUGGAGGAGAACGUGGACUCGCUCAAUGAAGAAUUUGUCAAGCUCAGCGCUCAGGAGAAACUUAAUGCUAUGGAGAAAGAGAAUGAGAUCCAGUCUGCCAAUGAAGUCAAGGAAGCGGUGGACAAACAGAUCCACUCCCACCGUGAAGCUCACCAGAAACAGAUCAGCAGCCUGAGGGAUGAGCUGGAAAACAAAGAGAGACUGAUCACUGAACUGCAGGAUCUGAACCAGAAGAUCAUGCUGGAACAGGAGAGGCUCCGAGCUGAGCACGAGAAACUCAAGUCUGUCGACCAGGAGAAGAGCCGCAAGCUGCACGAGCUCACGGUGAUGCAGGACAGAAGGGAGCAGGCAAGACAGGACCUGAAGGGUCUGGAAGAGACAGUGGCCAAGGAGCUGCAGACUCUGCACAACCUGAGGAAACUCUUUGUCCAGGAUCUGGCCACUAGAGUGAAGAAGAGCGCUGAGAUGGACUCGGACGACACCGGUGGGAGUGCUGCACAGAAACAGAAAAUCUCCUUUCUUGAGAACAAUCUUGAGCAGCUCACCAAGGUUCACAAACAGCUGGUACGUGAUAAUGCAGACCUCCGCUGUGAGCUUCCGAAACUGGAAAAGCGUCUUCGUGCUACGGCUGAGCGGGUCAAGGCCCUUGAGUCUGCUCUGAAGGAGGCCAAGGAGAACGCCGCCCGCGACCGCAAGCGCUACCAGCAGGAGGUGGACCGCAUCAAGGAGGCCGUCAGAGCCAAGAACAUGGCGAGGAGGGGUCACUCUGCCCAGAUCGCCAAACCCAUCCGACCCGGGCAGCAGCCGGUGGCGUCUCCCACUCACCCCAACAUCAACCGCAGCGGAGGAAGCUUCUACCAGAACAGCCAGUCGGUGUCCAUCAGGGGGGGAGGCAGCGGGAAACCAGACAAGAACUGAAGAGCAGCGGGACAGAAGGACAAUACCACAGAAGAAGACAAUAUCACGCCCCUCUCUCACCCCUGACCACCUGUCAUUCCAUUACAGCGAACAGGCUCCUCGUCGCUGCUGUGGAGCCAAGAAGGAGUUUCUGAAUUAUAAAUAUACAUAUAUAAAUAUUCCUGGCCUGUACAG